AUGGAUUAUUCAACUUCAGAUUGUCAGAUCUUCUGUGGUAUUGAUGACCAGUUUGUCCCCAAGGUUGGGAUGACUUUUAACACCCUUGAAAAUUCUGCAAAAUUCUACAAAGAUUAUUCGAAGGAUGUUGGUGUUUGGAUCAUUUCGAAGAUCAUGUUGCAUCAUUUACAUCCUUGCUGUCCAGAUCAAGCACAGAUGCUCAAACAGCACAGGGAACUAAGCAUGUCCGUGUGUCGUACAAUAGAGAAUAACGAGGAAGUCGGUAUUAGACCUAGCAAAACUUUUCAAUCAUUUGUUGCAGUAGCCGGGGGUCAUCGCGAGUUAAAUUUUAUCAAAAAAGACGUGAGGAAUUACAUCACUAGAGAAGUGCGGAAUGUUUUGGAACAAGAGGAUGCAAAAGAAUUUGGGAAAUACUUAUUAAGAAUGAAAGAGAAGAAUCAGAAUUUCUUUUUCGAGCUCGAACUCGAGCACGAUCAGUCCAUUAAGCUUGCUUUUUGGGCGGAUGCAAGGAGCAGAGCUGCCUAUGAGUAUUUUGGAGAUGUUAUUUCAUUUGACACCACCUAUAAUACAAACAUGUAA